AACUUCUUUUCUUCUCCCGCUCUUUCACAUUCCUCCUUAAUGGCGUCCUAUCUAAAUUUCACUCCAAUCUCUGAAUUCUCCCUCCCGCUCUCAAAAAGCGCCAUAACUUCACCAAGAGUCCCUCUUCUCUCUCUUCCUUCACUGACUUCCGCUUCUGGAUAUUUCUCUUUGAAGAGCUCUGCGAACCGUGGAGGAGGAGGUGGAGGAUCAUUAUCAACAAUUAUUCAUGCUAUCAAAGAAGAAUUGAUCCAAUCGCCGAGUUCGGAUUCUAGCGUUGAUUCUGAAAAUGCAUCUCCGGCAUCCUCUAAGGUCGUCCUCGUCGUUGGCGGCACCGGUGGUGUCGGGCAGUUGGUUGUGGCAUCACUAAUUGAUAGGAAAAUCAAAUCACGGUUGUUACUACGGGAUCCUGAGAAAGCAACUACUCUGUUUGGUAAACAAGAUGAUAACAUACUACAGGUUUUUAAAGGGGACACUCGAAACCCAGAGGAUCUAGAUCCAUCUAUAUUUGAGGGUGUCACACAUGUGAUUUGUUGCUCUGGAACAACAGCCUUUCCCUCAAAGCGCUGGGAGGGGGAUAACACACCUGAAAAAGUGGAUUGGGAGGGUGUGCGAAAUCUUGUUUCUGCACUGCCUCCAUCAUUGAAGAGAAUAGUUCUUGUUUCAUCGGUUGGUGUAACCAAGUUUAACGAAAUACCUUGGAGCAUUAUGAACCUAUUUGGUGUUCUCAAGUAUAAGAAGAAGGGGGAGGAUUUUCUUCGAAAUUCUGGUCUUCCAUUUACCAUUAUCAGAGCUGGUAGAUUGACAGAUGGACCUUACACGUCUUAUGAUCUGAAUACUUUGCUCAAAGCCACUGCUGGGAAAAGGCGAGCAGUUGUUAUUGGUCAAGGAGAUAAACUAGUUGGAGAAGUUAGCAGACUUGUGGUUGCCGAAGCUUGCAUACAAGCAUUAGACAUAGAAUUUACCAAUGGCAAAAUUUACGAGAUCAACUCAAUUGAGGGAGAAGGUCCGGGAAGUGAUCUACAGUUGUGGCGGGAGUUAUUCAGAGCUGCCGAAGUCUGAUUACUUGAUUUGCUUGUGGAAAUUUUUGGCCGCUAUUGAUUUAACAAGUCGCUGUACAUUAGUUUUGUGUAUAUGUAUGUAGUCAGAUUCACUACUGUGAGCUCCAUAUCAAGAUCAAAUAAAAAUAUCAAAAUUGGAUCUUAAACUUCAUAUAAUGUAACACUCCGUUUUUUUUUCUAACGGUA